GAGCUCCGACGAUUAUGUCGAGAACAGAGAUGCAAGGGUUGACCACUAUGGUCAUAAGUGGAGCCUAUCGGCUCUCAAUAGGCAUUGCUCUUGCAGUGGCCUUAACGUGUCUGAGGUCUGGGGCUCUAUCAUUGAUAUCAUAUUGAAGACUAUUGUGGCAUCGGGAAGGUUCGGGCAGAUUGGUCAGAGUGGCGUGGGCAGGCGGGCGGCCCCGUCUUGUUUUGAGCUCUUUGGUUUCGACAUUUUGUUGGACUCCAAGCUUAAGCCAUGGCUUAUCGAAGUAAAUCUGAGCCCCAGUCUCGUGGCUGACACACCUCUUGAUCGGAAGAUCAAAGCCCACCUCAUCUCCGAUAUCCUCAACUUGGUCGGUGUACCGUCAUCGAAGUCUCGAGGGAAUAGUCUCCAGGGAUACUAUGUUAACACAUUUACAUCGACAACGAGCCGUCUACUCAAAACGCCGCCUUUCGAUAUGG